CCUUUCAAUUCAAAGUUCCGCCAUGUUGAAGGAAGUUAGUUGCUAUCAGUCACGAUCAGUUUAGGAUUGAUGUCGAUGUUGACUGAAUUGAUAUUUUGGAGUAAAUGAAUUAAAGUAACUUAGAUUUACGUAAAAACGCAGAAAUGGAGACAAUAUUAGAACAGCAACGACGAUAUCAUGAAGAACGAGAACGUUUGAUGGACGCAAUGGUGAAAGAGAUGCUGCACAAGAAAGCAGGACAUCGCGAAAACAUCAAUUCGGAACAUCGCCUGAAAAUGUUAUUGGAUCAGUAUAUGGACAGCACAACACAUCUGCAGGACUUGUACGAAGAUAAGGAUGGACAGAGGAAAGAGGAAGUUCAAGCGCUUUCUGGUCCAAAUGAAUUCUCAGAAUUCUAUACACGCUUGAAGUCCAUAAAGGAAUUCUAUCGACGACAUCCCAACGAGAUCAGUGUUCCUAUGUCUGUUGAAUUUGAAGAGUUAGCUAAGAUGAGAGAAAAUCCCACCGAAGAACUGUCCAAUCUUGUUGAAUUUACAGACGAAGAAGGUUAUGGCAAAUACCUUGAUCUUCAUGAGUGUUAUCAGAAAUAUGUCAAUCUGAAAGGAAUAGAAAAGAUAGAUUAUAUCACUUACUUGUCAACAUUUGAUCAUUUAUUUGACAUUCCAAGAGAAAGAAAGAAUGCAGAAUAUCAGAGGUAUGCCGAGUCUUUACUAGGAUAUUUGUCAGAGUACCUUGGCAGAGUGAGACCACUCCUGGAUAUAAGCACAGAGAUCGAAGAGGCCAACAAAGAUUUUCAAACUCAAUGGGAAAAGAACACAUUUCCGGGUUGGCCUAAGGAAACUGGAAGCGCUCUGACUCAUGUAGGAGCACAUUUGGAGCUAUCGGCAUUCUCAUCGUGGGAAGAGCUGGCGUCUCUUGGCUUAGAUAGAUUAAAAUCAGCCUUGAUGGCGUUAGGACUCAAGUGCGGAGGCACGCUUGAAGAACGAGCGCAAAGACUCUUCAGCACAAAAGGCGAGGCUUCCCUGGAUCCUAAUCUAUUGGCCAAGAAUCGGAAGGGAAAGUCAGCUAAGGGCAGAGAUUCCGAGAAACAAAAGGAGAUUGCACGAUUCGAAGCUCACGUGUAUAAGCUGGCCGAAUUGGUAUCUAGUCAACGAGUAGCUACAAAGGAGAACGUACAGAGAAAGCAAGCAAGAACCGAAGGUGAAAGGGGAGAUUCCGAUGCAGAGGCAAGUGCGAGUGAAUCGGAAGAAGAGGAUGAUAAUGAAGUUCCUUACAAUCCAAAAAAUUUACCCCUGGGCUGGGAUGGAAAGCCCAUACCAUAUUGGUUGUACAAACUGCACGGCUUGAACAUCAGUUACAACUGCGAGAUUUGUGGCAACUUCACUUAUAAAGGUCCGAAGGCAUUCCAGAGGCACUUCGCGGAAUGGAGACAUGCACACGGCAUGCGCUGUCUCGGCAUUCCGAACACGGCACACUUCGCUAAUGUCACUCAAAUUGAAGACGCCCUCGCGCUAUGGGAAAAGCUCAAGGCGCAGAAACAAGCUGAACGAUGGCAACCAGAGCAGGAGGAGGAAUUCGAAGAUUCGCUUGGCAACGUGGUCAAUCGCAAAACUUACGAGGAUCUUAAGAGACAAGGUCUUCUAUAAAAUAUAUUAUCACGAUGUUGGCGAACAUUACACAUUUGGAAGGAACAUUUAAUAUACAUGAAAGCGCAUUACUCAUGAUCGCACAUCCAUUUAAUAACCCAAAAACGUUUGGGUAUCUCCUGGUCACGGCGCGUAAUACUGAUAUAAUAUCGUCAGACGAAACAUAUAAAAGUAAUUGUUUCAGAUUUACUAUUUACGCUGGAAUAUGCAUCAUAAAAUCAAAUAUUCUUAUGCAUGUACUCUGAAUAAUGUUUUAUCUCUUCUAUUUAGAAUAAACGGAAUGACUAGUUCUUUGUACCGGAUAUCUCGGAUCACAAAAAUCAGAAUAUACUAAAAUGUGUGCAUUAUCGUCUCGUUUAUAUUUCACAAGUAGAGCUCUUCGGAUUGCAUCUCGCAUCAUAAAUCUUGUGUAUGAGUCGGAUAUCGUUAAUGUUAAUUGCAGACUGAGAAUACAAAACAUUGUAGUUUUUGGUCUACAAUUUUAAUUGCAGUUUUAUCAUGAAAAAUAACAACUUGAUAUCUUUCGACACAUUUACGUUCUGUCGAUUAAUAAAAACUUCAUCGAUAUGUAUCUAAGUACUUAACACAAGACGUACGUUCUUUCAAUUUAUACGCUGUUUUUUAACGCACAAAUUUUGUCACAGAAUUAUAUACUGAACUGCUAAAUUAUUAAUUAUUAAAAUUAGCUUUUAAAUUACUAAAUCUCUUGGUAACUGAAUCUGCGCGAGUGUUGAGUUUUAGAAGAGUUCUACUCAUAUGAAAUCUCGCAAAAAUAUUAUAAUUUAAUUGCAUUAUCGUAUUGUAGAAAUAUUUCUAAAUUCAAACGUUAUUUUUUUUAGCUUAGCCAAUAAAUAUAUUAUGGAUACGAAUAAAAGAUUUCUACAAUCAACUGGUCACUAGCGUUUCGAAGAGUACACACGUUCAAGUGUAUAUUCCUCGUAUUACGUUAGAGAUAUUUCCAAGUUGAAUAAUUCCUCAGUCUGUAACUAAUAGCAAAUUCGGUCGCCUACCCUACACUGGUGCAUACCAAAGGCUGCUAUACAUGAAGUUAUUCAAGUGCAACAAUAUAAGUACCUUGAUCGAUAAAAUUCCUGACAUAUUUUACUAAAUAAUAUAAUAAUAGUAUUCGGUAUAAUACAUGCUGGAGAUUUAUCGGUUAAUGUGAUUAUAUUAUGCCGUUGUAUUACAUAAACUAUUGCACAUUUAGCAGCUUUUAAUAUGUCUCAAUGCCGAAUUCGCUAUAAGGCCCAUCUUGCGUGCGUGCUUUGUAUAUAGCCAGUAAAACUUCCGCUGUAUACGGUUUAUACUUUGGAUACGCUCGUCGAAGCGACACCAGCCGGUAUCGCCGGACGAGGCGGGACGGAUGUCUUACGACAAUUACUUUAGCUUAGCUUCUGACUCGUUACUGCAGUCACAUUGAAUUAUGAGAUCAGAAGUGAAAAAAUCAUACUAUGAUAUGAAAUCGCACUAUAUACUACAUUUGUAGAUUUAUUCUUGCAAUAUGCAUUGAAA